AUGGUUGGUGUUUCCGUCUCUCUUGCUCCGACUACAAGAUCUGGAGGUCGACGAUGGUGGCUUAAGGAACUCUGGGAAAAAAAAGGAGGGAAUAAGUGGUCGUCGACAAAGUUUUUGAGAGACAAAGAGGUGGUGGACGACGGUGGUGUGUGGUGGUGCGCGGUGGUUGAUAGUGGUGUGUGGUUGUCCUACGAUGGUGAUGAUUUUGAUUUAGGGGAAAUAGUCACGACUAGAGGACGAUCCAGCGAAAGAGAAGAGAUAGUGGAGAUGGAGGGCAGCGAAAGCGAGGUGAUUUUUGAUUCUUUAAACCUCAACCCGCAGCUAUUCAUCAACGCCGCCCUAAACAUCGUCGACGAAUUGAUCGCGAGCGCCUUCGAGCAUCUUCAUCAGGAGGCUUCAAUUCAACUCAAGGUCGAUGGUUCAGAUAGGGCUGAAGAUUUAACCAAGGGCUUGGAUUACAUUCGAAAAACAAUUCAAUCUGCCUUGGACAAGCGAUUGACUAUGUGGGAGAAGUACUGUUUUCUUCGCUUAUUUGUUGUUCCAGAAGGAUUUUCACUUCCCAAAGAUGAUGAGGCAUCUGUUGGUGAUAUAAUGGAUGUUGAUGUUGUUGGACUUGGUAUCUCUGAUCUUGACUCUCAGUUGGUUUCCUUGAGAACAAAACUUACUUUGGCUGAACAUGAGUCUGGUCAAUUGAAGAGAGAGAUUCAAGCAUUGGAAAGACAAUCUGCCAUUAACAUCCAUCAAGCAACUGCAAUAAGUGAAUUAACAAAGCUAUCUGACCAAAUUUCUGAAAAUGGUGCAUUUCAAGACUUGCAAAAACUUGCAGCAGAAUUAUGCACAAAAGUGGAGAAGUUAAAGACAGAAAGAGAGGAUGAAACUCAAAGUGCUAGGUUCCAGAAAUUGCAUUUAUGGAAUGAAGAUUUCUUGAAGAUAAUUGGUGGAAAUGGCCUUUCCAAUGCAAAGCCAGAAGACGUUGAAGGAUUUCUUGCAGGUUUCAACACUCGAUGAACUUCUACAAACCUGUUCAAGCCAAAUAAGAAUUUAUCUUUUUGCUUAUAUGUGUAUUAAAUGGAUCAAAUAUUUAAAAAAAAUCAAGAACUGCAUAUGAAUUUGGUGCUUUUAGAAUGACCAUGAUUCA